AUGCUCUCGCGCACCGCUGCCCUUCGGCAGACUAUCGCCCGCCAGGCGACGCUGCAAUCCACCCGCAACUACGCCGCUGCCUCGGGAUCCUUUGCAUACAAGACCGGCGACGCGAAUGGCAUCAAGAUCGCUAGCAGAGACCAGGCCGGCCCUGUAACGACCGUGGCUUUGGUCGCAAAGGCUGGAACGCGAUAUGAAUUCCUUCCUGGUCUGGCAGAGGGGUUGGACCGCUUCGCGUUCAAGAACACCGAGAGACGUUCAGCUCUACGGAUACAACGCGAGUCCGAGCUCCUCGGCGCUGAGCUUUACAACUACCACACCCGCGAGAACCUCGUUGUAGGAGCAAAGUUCCUCCGCGAUGACCUGCCUUAUUUCCUCGAACUCCUCGCCGAGGUAGCAACCAUGACAAAAUAUGAGACCCACGUUCUUCACGAGGAGGUCAUGCCAUUGAUGGAGCUCAACAUGAAGAAGCACCUCGGAAACCCACUGUCUUUGGCCACGGACAGCGCUCACGCACUGGCUUUCCACCGCGGCCUAGGAAUUCCAGUCACCCCAACCUCGUCUACCCCAUUCAAGAAGUACUUGGACGUCGACGCCCUUUCCGAAUACGGCGCCUCCGCAUACUCCAAGCCCAACUUUGCUGUCGUGGCCAACGGUGUCGAGGACGGUGCGCUCRACAAGUGGGUCGGGGAGUUCUUCACCGACGUCCCAGCACAGGCGGCAGCUGAGAUCAAGUCGGAGCAGGCCAAGUACUACGGUGGUGAGGAGCGCAUUGCGCACGCUGGUGGCAACGCCAUGGUUCUUGGCUUCACCGGCUCAAGCUCUUCUACUGGUUCUUUCUACAAGCCUGAACUUGCUGUUCUCGCAUCUCUUCUCGGCGGCGAGUCAAGCAUCAAGUGGUCUCCUGGUUUCUCCCUCCUGGCCAAGGCUGCUUCGGAAACGCCUUUGAUGCACAUCUCCACCAAGUCCCACAUAUACACAGAUGCCGGUCUCCUGACCAUUAGCUUGAAGGGUUCCGUCCAGGACCUUCGUGCUUCUGCACCCAAGGUUGUGGAGGCUUUGAAGUCAGCUGCGCAAGGCAUCACCGAGGAGGAGUUCAACAAGGCCAAGGCACUCGCCAAGUUCAAGGAACUCGAGUACGGUGCCAGCACUGCGGGUGGCAUUGCGCUCACCGGUGCUGGCUUGGUCCGCGAUGGCAAGGCAUACCAAAUUGAAGAGGUUGCAUCUGCGAUAGAUGGCGUUACCGUUGAGAAGGUCAAGCAGGCCGCCAAGGAGGCACUGGAGAACAGAGCCUCUGUCAGCACUGUCGGUGACCUGUAUGCGCUACCGUAUGCGGAAGAGCUCGGAUUGAAAGUUUAG